AUGGAAUAAAGAAAAUCUUGGCAAUAACUUGUAUUAAACAUGAAGGAUAAUGUAUACUAUUUUUUCUACCCCAAAAAGAAGCAACUUAAAAUUUUUAUGAUAUCUGUUUACUAAGAAAAAUCAAAUUUGGCAAAAUUUAGAAAUUAAUUCAUAUCAAUAAAGUAAAAUUUAAUUAAAAUAAGGCAUUAAAAUUAGCCUGAGUAUCUAAUUACUAAAUUGAAUAUUGACCAAUAGUUAUUUAAUUAUUUUAAAGAAUUCAGUCAAUGGGAUGAAGUUACUUUAAUUAAAGAGCUUAAAGAGAUUGAAUAAAACAUCCAAAAUUUUAACAAAAUUGUUUUAAGAACUAAAAGUAGUUGUGUAAGCAAGGGAAGAUUUGAAUUAAAAAAUAAGAAGCGAUUUAAAUUAAGUAAUUAGUGUAUAUUACCGAGAUCGUUAAAAAUCGAUCAAUUAAAGGAAAUAAUAUGUAGUUUGAAUUAAUUAGGUGAUACUAUAAAUCCUUAAGCCAUUGAAAAGAGUGAACAAACCUUGCAUUAAUAUAUUAUGGAUUUAAUGUUGAAUAAUAAUGCUUAUUUAAAUGAAACCCUUUUUGGUGUUUUGGGUUAGUAUAAUCAAGUUAAAGAUUUGAAUUAAGAGAAAUUUCCAGAAUUUCAAAGAUUUGGUGAAUUAUACAAAUAAAUUUCUGAAAAGCACUUUAUUUUAAAUAAAUGGAUACAUCCUAACUUGUAGAUAAAAAUAAAUUGUAUCUUACUGAAAGAAAAAUUUUCAAACAAAAUAUAAGAACUUAUAUAGAGUAAAACAGGGAAAAAAAUAUCAUAAGUGUAAAUGAUUUAUUCAGGAACUAAGGAUGGUUUAAAUGGAUAAAAUGUUAAUGAAAAAAGUAAAUGGUAAAUGCAAUUUGUUGUUGGUUUUAAAUUCAAGCAGUCAGCAUAUAUUUGGAGCUUAUACUCCUUGUAAAUGGAUAAUCAGAUCAAUAUAUUCAAGAUGAUUCAUGUUCUUCCUUUAUAUUCUCAUAAACGCAAGAUUAAGCUUUUCCUUUAAAAUAGGAGACUAAAUAAUAUGCCAUCUACUGCCUGA